UUCAGACCCUCUCCCUGUAUUCGAUCUUGUGGCGAAUCAGAGACUCUAUAUUUUGCCCAGUUCACAAGUCAAGCGAUGAGACCCGUCUCGACCGGACAGCAUGCUUGUUGACUAUCAGACCUAUGACUCUCGAGCAGUCCAGAAUCGCAUGCACUGGAAGACUGCACCCAACCCAUCUACGCGAGUGCUCGUCUUUGAAUGUCCGACGUGCCCUCCUCCGACGAGCUUCUUGGAGCAGUCCCCGUCGCCGUGAGCCUCGGCUGAGUCCACCGCAUGACUGGUCUCCACGCUUACAGGAUGCUCGCAACGUCGAGUUGGUGAGAGACAGAUCGCUCGUCUAUGGCAUGGUAGGGGUUCAUCCUCUCUCGCAGCCGCCGGGAUCUGCAUUUCCCAAGCGGAACAGUCUCUUUUGACCUUCACAUGGAAGCAACCGUCAGUUUCACAAAAUACCCGGCCACUCGGUGCCCCGCCCGCCAAACUACCGGAGUCAAGCGGGGGAAUCGGGAACAGAAUAUGUCUUGUUGCAUGUGCUUACAGGUUGAAUGACACGGCGGCCGGUGGUUC